AUGGCGCUGGUCCGUGGCCUGAGCCAUGUUAGCCGUCGCCUAGGGCCCAGCUGGGCCGCUGCAUCGCCCAGUCUCCUACGAGGCAUACGUAUGACACCCUACCUAGCUGCCAGCGCUUGUCAUGCCCAGCACGAGCCUCUUUGUGCACUACGUCGCUAUACCACGGAGCCUUCGCCGCGCAAGAAAGACGCCGACCGUGCCCCGCCCAUGACGUCGUCGCCGACAUCGUCGUCUACGCCUACACCCACACCGCCUCGCCCCCGCUUUGAAAACAUAUGGAAUGCGCCCAACAUCCUGACGCUCUCGCGCAUGGCGCUAUGUCCUGUCAUUGGAUGGGCGAUCGCUACGCAUCAGCCAUGGACGGCCGUGUCGUUGCUGGGCAUCGCAGGCACGACGGAUUUGCUGGAUGGAUGGCUCGCGCGACGAUUUCACAGUAAGACCAUGUUUGGCAGUAUCGCCGAUCCGGCCGCUGACAAGUUGCUCAUGGCGACAAUGGUCAUUUCGCUCGGGGUCGGUGGGCACAUGUCGUGGCCGCUCGCGGCGAUUAUUCUAGGGCGCGAUGUAUUCUUGGUCGGCUUGGCAUUCUAUUUACGCUACCAAUCGCUACCGCGGCCACGUUCCUGGUCGCGCUACUUCAACCCUCGGUUGCCGAGUGUGCAAGUCAUGCCGACGCGCCUGAGCAAGUACAAUACGUUUCUCCAGUUGGUCCUCGUGGGUGUGCUGACCGUGUUCCCGCUCCUGCCCGAGACAUGGCAAACCCAUCCUCACACGACACGCACUGUGACGGCGCUCGAGUACAUUGUCGCUGCCACGACGAUAUGGACAGGCCUCGACUAUGCCAUGAGCCGUCGAGCUGUGCGCUACCUGCACAAGCCCCAGUGA